AUGCUGCGCCUAAAGUACAGGUUCAAUGCCUCAGCGGAAUACAAAUACAUCCACGAGCCCGGCAGCGACAAUAUCCUGGGCCACUAUGACAUGCGGUCCUUCUGUGAACUAGUCGAGGAUGCCCAGCGCGCGGACUCACUGACGUAUAUGAUGCGGGCGUAUCUCAGUUUCUUUGAUAAGAAUGGUCUGGAGAUGUGGAUUGCGCAUGGGACGUUGCUUGGGUGGCAGUGA